AUGCCGCUGUAUUUCUCCUCUCUCUGCACGUGCGAUACAUUCGUCUUGGUAGAUGACGACAAGGAUGGGCUGAUAGACAAGAACCAGUUCUUCACUCUUUUUCGAGCCCUAGGCCAGACGGUUUCAGAUGCAAGUCUCACCAAGAUAUUUUCUGCUGCUGUGAUUGAAGAAGCAAAAAAUGCUGCAAAGGCCAAGGAGGCGUCGCCGCCCGCCAAAGCUGCAGCAGCAGCGGCACCGAAGAAAGCAGCAGCUCCGCCCCCUGCUGGAGAAUAUGUUUCUUUUCAACAGUUUGUGAAGACGUUUGCGGAUGCAUAUCAGAAGCCAGCAACAGAAAGUGCAUUGAUUAGUGCUUUUAAUGUAUUCGAUGCAACAAACAGCGGAAAGCUAACAAUGACGCAGCUGCAUGAUAUUCUUACAAAAAGAGGAGAACCACUCACCAAAGAAGAAGUAGAUGAAAUUAUGCUGCUAGCAGCUCUCGAUCACGCCAAAGAAACAGACUACGCAGUACUUGCUAAACGGUAA